AUGUAUCGACCGGCGCGAAAGUACAACCUGGAGAAAUGUCGAAAGGAGCUCGAAAGAAGUUGCGCCAACUACCAAAGUCGUGGCAACCACUUUCCUCCUACACCGCGCACUACACCAGGCUCAAGCAGUGCGCCUAGUCUACAGCCGCAGCAUUCUCCAGAACAGAAGAAGGUUCGCUUCCAGACUUCUCAAUCGCUGAAUGAAACUGCACAUGUUUCUCAGAAAGUCAAGCGAAAUCCUUUCGAAUACAACGAAGAUGAGCUCCGGCAAAGGGCCCAACGCAUUAGGGCCGACUUAAAGCAAGAACUUAAGCCUCGAUCCCAUCCGCCUCCUGUAUCAACUUCGGAUCCUCUCGAUGGUAUUUCAGGCCACAGUCUUUCGAACGACGAUUCUAACAACGAUCACAAUCCCGAGAGCCACGCGCCUCGAAGACAUCGAACAUUACAUCGUCAAGACCUGACGCAGGAUGAUGUUGCCACAAUACGAGCUACCGCUGAGCGCAUCGCAAGUCACUGUACCGUUCGUGACAAACAGCCUUAUCCCGACUCACCUCGUCAGGGCAACUUGCACGGCACGAAAUCCACAAUCGGAUUAGAGAAGGCAGGUGCUGAAGGCCUAAAAAGUGCCAAAAACACUCAAGACGACGACGGCAUUAGUGUCACUGAAGAUGGUUGUAUUAUUCAACAUGGCUUUGAUAUCUCGCCUAUUGCCUCUUCUCCUGCAGACAAUGUUCACGUCAGAUGUGAUUCAGGAUUCGAUCUCAGACACGCGACACCUAACGAGAUGUCCCGCAAAGAACCAUUCAGACCGAACGUCAGGAACAAGAGGGGUGCGAGGGUCCCGGUCUGCUUUCGCAAACAAGAAGUACCGCAUCAGCGAAAUGUAUCGCACCUAUCAGCUUUGCUUUCUGGUCAAUCUCCUUCUCCUGACCGACCGGAAGCUCAAGGAACUGCCCAGGAGAAGCUACGCCGAGCACAUGCGCCGCAACAAUGUUCCCGAAUGCCAAUCCCUGCACGUCCUUCUGUCUUCUUCUCGGGCUCUAGCUCAUCGAAUGCCGUCGUAUCUGAGAGCGAGGAUGACGAUGAAGAACAGACCGUUUGCGGGAGUGAAAAGGUUGACAGUGAUACCAGCUCUGCAGUGUGUGCUGAUGGGUCUAAGGAUGUGGCAUCUCCUGGUAGUAUUGCCACUCUUGUCAACUCGAACAAGCUUGCUGAAACUGUGAAGACAAGCGAUCAUCUGCCGCAGCAUUUUGCACCACCCUCGCCUCUAUCAUCAUCAAAGCGUCCGGCUCCUCCUCCUCAAGUCAAGCAGAAUCGACCUCCUCAUGCUGGCACACCCCUCCCACAGCGGCCAUCAAAGCAUCCUGAUUCAAAUUCUCAUCCUCAAGUGCAAGAUCCUGGCAGACUUCCACCUCAUCAGAGACGCAAUCCGCAACCACAAUCCCUUCGAUCCCAGCAGACGGCCAAGAUUCUUCUGGCCCACCAGCAACAUCGUCGUGCCCCAAAGCCGCCAUCUCCUCGCGCUCGCUCUCCGUGCCAGGCUCUUGGUCUUCGCCUACCUCUGCCACCGAAUUAUGGUGAGCACAACUAUGUCUCUGCACUUAACGACAAGAUUGAUAGAAAUGGUGGAAGACGUCCUGCAAACUUCAGCUGGGAUCAUGUUGCUCCUAUGCAUGGAUUCAGUUCAUGCCCUGCAUUGAACGUCCUCGACUAG